CCCUCGGCAGUUCGUCGGGAGAGACUCGGCGCGCCGGAGCCUGCGCGCGCUCCGCUCACGUUCCUCGCGCGUUCUAUACUUCACUUAUACUCGCUCGCUGCUCAUACAUAUCGCUAAAUUCGUCUGCACUUCUCGCUACUCCGAGUAUAGCUGAACGUGCUGAGACGCAAAGCUGCUGCAGAGAUCAGCGCAGGAGCGCCGCCGGGAGGGGAGCAGAACUGGAUAGUCGAGUGACAGAGCGGAUGCGGUUGGUCGAAGAAAAAAGCCAAACACGCUUGCCGAGUCUUGCAGCGAGAGAGGGAGAAAGCGCUAUACGCAGGCGAGAGAAGAAGCUGCACUGCACCUGCGCUCUUGCUGCGAUAAUUUCGGAGGAGCUCCGUUUUUUAUUUCGCUGCACCUUCUCUCUCUGCCCUGCCGCUGUUCCCACGCUCCCGCACAGGUAUAGAGACACAAAUCUACACACACACACACACACACACACACACACACACACACGUGCGGCAUCAAAGCGUAGCUAAGCUGCAUCGCACAAAGGGUGAAAAAAGAAGAGGCUGCGCGAACGAGGUCGAGCCCUUUUAUGCUCGCUCGUCGUGACAUUCAGCGGCUAUUAUGUCGAAGGAACUGACGCCACACGUGGAGUAUAAGCCGAAGGCGGCGGCGAUGCAUCGGCCGACGAGUAUCAGCGCCGGAUCCACAUCGGGAACGUCCAACGAAGAAUAGUAUAGAGAGUGAGAGCGGGAAGGUCGAGUGGCCCCUCUGAAAGAAGAGCGAAACGGCGACCUUGCGAACUUAUUAAUUCUUUCGUCCGCGCGGAAGAAGAACCGAAGAAGAAUCAUCAUCCGCGCCGCCCUCGCUGCACGUGCGAGACAAUAACUCUCCAGCCCCCUUCGAUCCGUCUUCUCAAAGAGCUGCGUACUAUACGCGGAUACUCACACAGCGCACGAGGAUCCGCUCUUUCUCCCGCCGCGCACACACACAGCCGCUCUCCGUCGUCGUCGCCGCCGUCGUCGUCGCCGCCGCCGCCGCCGCCGCCGCGAGGGAAAGGAGAGGGAGUGUGCGAGAGAGCUUUCGCGAUCGAUAUCGGAAUCGCGCGCGCAGUGCCGUGUUUACCAGCGGCCAAGAACGACAUGAGUCUCGUGCUCGUGCAGCAGCAGCAGCAGUGCGUCCUCUGAAACAUCAGAGACCGCAGCUCGCGCCGAGUGUAUUCUAUUUUUUAUACGUACAACUCGUAACUCCCCGCGAGCUGUUAUAGUGUUGGUGUGCUACAGUUUUGUUGUUAGUGCGCUGGUGUACGGUGCUGACAAGGAUUUCUGGGAAACAUGUCCGCGGACGUAGCGCAGCCACCGAGCCCGCCGAGGAUCUCAGGAUCUCGGCGAUCAUCCGACCAACAGAUCAGCUCUGGCUCGUCGUCGCUGCGACUGACAGGCAGCGAUGAUCAGCACGAGAAGAAGAGCAGCCCACCGGUAUCGAGCAGUUAUCUGCGCCGAGGUCGACGACGGAGUGACUGCACCGAGACCGGCAGUAUCGGUUACGGCUCGUCGGCGCCCCUCGAGUCGGAGACGUCGUACUCCUCGCAUCCGGGCUACCCGAGCAAAGCACCCGCAGCGCAGCCCAAGUCGCCGAGAAUCAGCGGCGAAAUACAGGUCGUGCCUCAGCCACAGAUCCACCAUCACAGUCAUCAGAAUCCACAGACGAGCAGCCCGAGCAGCGCCAGUCAGUCAUCGUCGACGCCCAGCUCCGGAGCCUACGUAGACGUAUCGUCGUCGGCGAGGCUAGCGGGCGUCGCGGGCUCGACGACGACGAGCAAUGGAACGCGAAGGCCGAAAAAAGCCGUGGUGAAGAGCAGGACGGCCGAGCUGUCCACCGGGCCCUCGUCUUUGUCGUGGAACGGCUCGCUGGCGGCCGAACGGGAAACCGGAUACGUCGUUGACUCGGAGAAGGGCAACGCCUACUACAAGGGACAUCUGCUGGGAAAGGGAGGAUUCGCGAGAGUUUACCUCAUCACGGACAUCGCGACGAGAAAACAGUACGCCUGUAAAAUAAUUCCGAAGCAUCAGAUGCAGAAAAUCCAUAUGCAAAAGAUCGCUCGCGAAAUCAUGAUUCACAAGGAGUUGAAUCACGUGAACGUCGUGCAGAUGCAUCACUACUUCGAGGACACCCUGAACGUCUACAUGCUGCUGGAGGCCUGUCCGAAAAAGAGCCUGGUGGACGUGCUGAAGUACCGGGGCCACGUGUCGGAGCCCGAGGCACGAUACUACAUGAAGCAGAUGGUCACGGGCGUAGCUUACAUCCACUCGCAGAAGGUGAUCCAUCGGGACCUCAAGCCCGGCAACAUGUUCCUCUCCGAGAAGAUGAUCGUCAAGAUCGGGGACUUUGGUCUCGCCACGCAGUCAGAUGGUCAGAGGCGCAGAGUAACGAUAUGCGGCACACCGAACUUCAUAGCGCCGGAGGUGCUGUUCAAGCAGUCCUACAGCUACGAGGCGGACGUCUGGGCAUUGGGCUGUAUCCUCUACGUGUUGCUGGUCGGCCAGCCGCCCUUCGACUCGUCCACCCUCAAGGAAACGUACUCGCGCAUCUGCAACCACCGCUACAAGGAGCUGGACGACACAAUGGCUUCGAGGGCCGGCCAGGAACUGGUGCGCUGGUUGCUGCAGCCCAAUCCGGAGCUUAGACUACCGCUCGACCUCGUCAAGGAGCACCCGUACCUCACUCAAGAGUACGUGCCUAGUACGCUACCCGACAGCUGUUGCUACCAGGCGCCGAGACUGCCCUUCGCCGAGAAGACGUCCGCCCUUACGAGCUUCUCGUCCAGUCUCAACUUCUCGCCAGCUCAGCGAAAUAUCAAUCAGCAACAGGCGAACCCUCAGCUCGUCCAAGCGAUCCAAUCGCAGAACAACCAGGCAGCCGCGCAAUCCCAGGACGGCAAGAAGCUCAAGAAAAAGAAGAAGAAGGUAUCCAGUUGGCUGGCGAGCUGGCGGCUACCGAAACUGCCGCGCUUCCGUCAGAGGAUCAGCAGCGUGCUCUGCCUCGAGUCCCGCAAGAAGCAGCAGCAAGUGCUGGGCGUAGGUGUGGCUGAUGGCACGGCGAACUUCUCGGGUGCUCAGGUCCAGUUGAUGAGCCACGCGCUCGAGGACUGCCUGGCCGCGGUGGCCAAGAGCACCGUCAACAAGACCCGCUGCAACCCGUCCCUCGUCGACGACUUUGCGCCGCUCUUCAUCACCAAGUGGAUCGACUACUCCAACAAGUAUGGCCUGGCCUUCCAGCUGUCCGACAGGUCCGUCGGCGUGCUUUUCAACGACAGCACCAAGAUGAGCUACACUCACGAUAGGAAACGAGUGGAGUACACGACGGCGGACGAUGAAAUAACGAGAUACAAUAGAGAACGAAACGUCCCUACGCAUUUGCAAAAGAAACUCGAACUGCUGCUGCAUUUCACCGACUACAUGGACAAGCACCUAACUGAAGGUGGUGAAGUGACGGAACGGGCUGAAGGACAGGAUGCUGUGCGACGAGCAUCGCGGACAAAUAGCGUACCACUGAUGCGCCGUUGGUUACGUACGAGCAAAGCCAUUAUCAUGGAGCUCAGUGGGCCCCUGCUCCAAAUGAACUUUUUCGACGACCACACGAAGCUUAUCGUGUCUCAGGAACUACCCCCACAACAGCAGCCAGCUCAUGGUGGUAGCAGUAGGUCGGGUUAUCUAGUGACGUACAUCGACUGCGACCGCCGCGCUUCGACCUACUGGCUAAACGACCUGCGCGAUUAUGGUUGUGCUCCAGAACUGCACGAGCGAUUGCUUUAUGUUCACAAAGUCGCCAAGGAGUUCGCCGAGCUCGAUGCGGGGCAGCGGAACUAGGCUGUGCCUCAGGUGCUCUCCUCUCUGAAUUUCUUGGGGCCGAAUUCAUUCGCGGGCGUAUCAUGGGGAAACAACAGAAUUGACUUUUUAGGGGCUCUAUGGGGACCAAGUCAAGUUUGUUUGUAACUACGCGAAUAUUAAAAGACGUAGCAGCGAUUUAGCAAAGUGCUGUAGUUCUUUCGUCAUGUCGAUCUUCUGUCGAUAGGAUAGUCAUUGUAGGGCUGUGGGCGUAUUAAGAAAGAAAAAACAAUAUUUGACUAGUUAAAUUAGUCGAAAAAGACUGAAUUAUUUGUUUCUCGAUAUUGCAAAAAUCAUAGAAUUAUCGCUUCUACAUUGAAACAUCUCAUUUUUUAGUAUUACAUUAUGAAUGUAAUGUUAAAAAACGUCAUUUUCUAUAAGUUUACAGUAUUAUUCGCCGUCGAUUAUUACUUUUUUUCAAGAAAUUCAUAUCAUUGACUUAGGUAGACUAUGAAUUACCCAAGUCAAGAACGAGAGCAAUAACACAUAACGUGUGAUUUUUUCCGAUACAAUAAUAGUAUGUAACAGAAUAAGCCAACGUAUCAUAAAGUGUAUCGUAUAUGCUCCAAGAAAUUCAGAGAGGUGACUGCAUAAGAAUACGCUGUUGCAGUGUGUCGCUCGAUGUAAAUUUAGUUUUUUGGGCCGAGAACAAGGACAUUGUGAUGAUCUGAUCUCGAACUUAAAAGGUUGAUAAGAGGUGUGUUAUGUAGGGUUAGAGAUUAAUGAAGGAUGAUUAGCGCCAGGAAUUACUUAGUCGAAGAUAUAUACUUGUAUGAUGACCUUUUCAAAGCCACUCUGUACUUGUUAAAAAAUAACGAAAAUCUCUCGCGGAUCCAUGAUACCUUUUUUUUAACGAAGUGAUUUUCUAAUCAAUAUUCAACGAGUUUUACUUAUCGUAGAACAGGUCAUUGAUUCAGCUUUUUCUGUGAUCCAUAUACGCGGAUGUACGCCCGAGUGCCAAAAGCCAAUACGCGAGCAUCCUUCUGCGUCAACGAUCUUUUUUGUUAUUGUGAGGUGUGAUUUAUUCUGCCAUUGAUUUUUUGCCUCGACGUAUUUUUGUUCGAUAUUCGCAAACUUGGAAUGCGUGUAACAGAGUGAACCUUAAAAUUUAGUGGUCCAAACCUAUUAAAACGCACACUUGAUACGGUAGAAGACAGUCGAUGCGUUUUUGUUAAUUAGUGAAUUUAUCGAUUGUUUCUAGAAGUCGUUAUCGAUUGAAUCAAUCAAAUACUUCCAACUACCGCCACGCUAUAAGCCCAGUGUUUCCGACGCAUUCAUUGUUCGACCUGAGCUGGAUGAAUAGCUUUGAUUUGAUUAAUGGACGGAUUUUGCAUUAUUUGAAAAAGAUAUCUAUCGCAAAUUCGUUACUCAAAUCGAUUGAUCUUAUGAAUCUAUAAAAUCAAUAUGAUUGAGUAAACAGAUUUCAUCGACAUGUUUUUUUUUAACGGGAAUAAUGUAUAUAUUACAAGUAGAUAAUAGCAAGACAAUCUGCUUGAUUGUGUUGUUUUCAUUAUCUCAAUAUGCAAGUUUCUUUCUGUUAGCAAACAGAAAGAAUUUUCUCUAAAUAGAGAAGUUUUUCAUCAGUGUCUCCUCGAAUAAUCAAUAACGUCCAUGAAUCAAGAACUCACGUAUAGUUAAUAAUCAGUAUCCAGUUGAUUAAAAAGUUUAGUUUGUUUAACCAAAACAACGAUGAUGUGAUAAUGAUUGAUUAAUCGAACAAUUUGAUAGUUACAUAGAAAAAAUAAUGCCACGUUCGGUACCGCAGUAUCGUGCGCACGCAUAGUUUAUAGGUGCGAAAAAAGAGUGUAAAGAAGAAGAUGCAAUUAGGGAGUAGUAGGAGUAUCGUCGAGGUGCUCAAACUGCGUGCACCUCCUAGUCAAGCGUUCUCCAAGUGCGCCUAGGAAUAACGAAGAUGAGAAAGAAAAAUAAAAAGCCCUCUUACGUAGGGCACUUGGCAGAAUCACACACUGCCAGCAGCCCCAACACUACGCGAUCAUGGAAAAGUCGAUACUGGUGUGAUAUUGUAUUGUUAUACUUUGUCGACCCAAAGUUCGCUAUAAUGCGAAGCGAUUAUUGUCGGAGUGUAAUGUAUAGUAUUCGAGCAGGAGAUAAGAUCGUAAUGACCAGAAAGCUUCAGCAAUUUGAGUGUUACAUUGUAGUAUGCUCAGCUAUCUCUGACAUACCAAUUUUUCAUAUAAUAUAGGUGAUUUAUUUUCGUUUCGCUGAAGAACUCUGCUGUGCUACAACUGAUUCGAUCAAUCUUCGGCCAAAUUGCUUUCAGCGCACGAAGAAUGACGUUGCGAUUUGUAUCAAAUAGAUUAGUGUGCUAAUGCUAAGUUUAAUUAUACACUUACAAUAUUGAUUUAGUAUGGUAUGUUGAAUAUCUUUCAUAUUGAUCAACAGAUUUAUUGGAUCAGUAGUGCAUACAAAUUAUACAUUGUUAAAAAAUUUUCGUUAAUAAUUCUAAUUUACUUUAAACUUAGUUAGAUAUUUAAAAUUGUACUGUUUGUUUAGAAAUCCACAACUGGUAUAGUGCAUAUAAACAAAAUCAAAAAGUGUGUUUAUCGAUAACAUAUUUUCUUUAUUUGUAAUUGAAACAAAAAUUUGUUAGUUUUACUGAUGUUACGUAUUGCCAUGUAGAACGUAGAACAUGAUUAUUAAUUCAAUUAUUAUUUCAUUAUCAUGAUUAUAAAUGAUUUAUUUUCUUGUUAAAAAAAUCGAAAUUAAAAAACACUCGAAUACCUUAAGUAUAGGAUCAAGUGCAGUUUUAAAACUAAAACAUGAGAAUAAGGAAAACAGGUGCCAAGUUCGAAGCUUUUUAUUCGAGCUAAACGCUUGAAAAGUAUGAAGCACCAGGUGAUCGAUAUAAAUAUAUCCGUGCAUUGUUAUUACUCUUUAAAUAUAUUAUAGUAGCGUAUAUCGUAAUUAGACAUAAGUUACACUUAUUAUCAACGUUAUCAGCAAUACUUGGUACUUGAAUUAUAAAAAGUCAAAAAGAGUAUAUAUACUUUGUAAAAUCGAUAAUUUCGAGGCUCGUAGAGUGAAAGAACAAAGGGACAUGAAUGACGGAGAAAGAAAAAAAAGAAGCGAGUCCUUAUUUCUAUAUACAUGUAGAGUUCGUAUACCUUGAACAUAUGUAAAGCAAACUGUUAGCGUUUUUAUUUGUUUGCGAUGAACUCUGCGCUGAUUCACGAUUUCGAUCGCACAAGGAUCAACGCGUUCAUCAUGUAUACUACGAAAUAUAAAGUUAGUCAAAAGUCGUACACACAAUUACCAUCGGAAAAUCGUGCGUUUACCGUUAUGUUCGUUACAUAGUAAGAAGAGUGCAUGAGUCAAAAAUUUAGCGGUGUUGACGAAAAUAUACCAGAAAAGUCAACGAGGAAUUUUUGAAAGCAGCAAUGCUGCGAACUUUAUUUUUUACCGGAAAUUUUCUCCAGUUACGAGAGUUCGAGGGUGAAAAUAAAAAGAAGAAAGACGAUCCGAUGCGCCGUUGAGAAUUGUUCACACGCGAGACACUCGAUCGCGUGCAGCAUGACAAGAAUCUCAAUAAAGAACGUCGUAAAGAUCUCAAGGCCGAA